AUGGCGGGUUUAAAACUGGGACCAAGAAUUGCCCCGGAGUUACAGACUUGUUGGUUGAAAUACAUUACCCGCUUACCUGAACUGAAUCUAUUACAGAUACCUCGGUGGACCGGUAUUCGCACGCCAAUGGAACUUCAUGCCUUCUCGGACGCCUCUGAAAAGACCUAUGCCGCUGCGAUUUACCUGCGAGGGCUCGGGCCGCACGGGGACAUUGAAGUGUCUCUCCUGCUUGCUAAGACCAAGAUCACUCCGAUUAAACCAGUCUCCAUACCUAGACUUGAGUUGUGCGGUGCUCUACUAGCCGCCCGGCUAUUGUGUCGGCUCACUAAACAUCUGAAAUUGGAGAGCUGCCCUCUAUACGCAUGGACUGACGCAAGGGUGGUACUUGCAUGGCUACGAGCACAUCCCUCACGUUGGACACCUUUCGUAGCCAACCGGGUGGCUGCCAUACAAGAAUUAAUGCCGGGGAAUCAUUGGCACUAUGUUGCUACGUCAGAAAACCCUGCAGAUCUAGCUACACGGGGCAUCUCGCCAUCGGAGCUGAGAGACCGACGCCUUUGGUGGUCGGGACCCCCAUGGUUGGGAUCCCCGUCAAGUGACUGGCCAAGUGAAAGUGAUGCUCGACAGGAAGUAACCGAGGAGCGGCGCACACACGCUACCACUCUUACUACUGAUAAAAUCGACAAUGAUGUCCUUACACGAUUCUCAUCAUUUUCUAAAUUAAUUAGAGUUUCAGCAUACUGCCUCAGGCUGCUACGAGACGUUGAACGACCCCACGCCGUUCAUCUCACUGCAGAUGAACUGGCACGCUGUCGAUUGCGCUGGUGUCGCAUCGCUCAGCACCAGGACUUUGCGGAGGAGAUCAAGGUCCUCUCCCGCGGCUCCCAGCUGGCCCGUCGAUCCCCACUACUGUCGCUACGGCCCUUCCAAGGACAGGAUGGGCUGAUAAGAGUAGGCGGCAGACUUGCUCACGCACCGUUGGCCUUUGCCGAAAAACCCCCGAUUGUUCUCGCCAAAGAGAACCAUCUUUCGUUACUCCUCGUGCGCGAUGCACACGAAAGAACCCUCCACGGCGGUCCGCAGCUCACGAGGAGCGGAACCACUUCUCAACAACAGAUGGGCCAUCUACCAGCGGAUCGAGUCAGACCGGCCCGACCGUUCUGGACCACUGGCGUGGAUUACGCUGGACCCAUCAAGCUUCGAAUUUCCAAGGGCCGCGGAUGCAAAGGCUACAAAGGAUAUAUCUGCCUAUUCAUUUGCAUGGUCACCAGAGCCGUGCAUUUGGAAGCCGUAUCGGAUCUCACCUCUAGCUCAUUCCUGGCCGCUUUUAGGCGUUUUGUGGCAAGGAGAGGCCGUUGUGCGUACCUGACUAGCGACAACGGUACCAAUUUCCGAGGGGCCGAACGAGAGUUGCGGGACCUAUUCAGCGCCGCUGCCGAUUUUUACAAGGAUUGUAAAGCCCAGCUGGCUCAAGACAGCACGGAAUGGGCUUUUAUCCCUCCCUCUGCCCCGCACUUCGGCGGACUCUGGGAGGCAGGCGUCAAGGCCACUAAGUACCAUCUCCGACGCGUCUUAGGAGAUCAAAUACUUACCUACGAAGAAUUGACCACAUUACUUUGUCAAAUCGAGGCGUGCCUCAAUUCAAGACCGCUCUAUCCGUUAAGCAAUGAUCCAAACGAUUAUUCUGCGAUCACCCCUGGGCACUUCCUUAUAGGAGAGAGCCCAGUCAAUGUACCGGAACCGCCCACCCUGACGGAUACCCAUGGGAGGGCUAACUCUAGGUCUAUUUUGAUUACUAAUCUACGUGAUCAUUUUUGGAACAGGUGGUCGCGAGAAUACCUUCACCAUCUACAACAAUUGGGUAAAUGGCGGCAACGCUCGGAAAAUCUACAGCCAGGCGCCCUGGUUCUCAUCAAGGACGACCUCUUGCCACCAGCCAAAUGGUCCUUGGGACGGAUCAGCGAGGUUCACCCCGGGGACGACGGAAUUGUACGCGUGGUCACGGUGGAGACGUCAACUUCAGCUCUCCGCCGCCCUAUCACCAAGAUCUGCCCACUUCCCAUCAAACCUGCAGACCUGACCGCGAACACUCAGGAGAGCAACCUAAUUAAGAUAUCUAAAACCCAGACAUCUCACGGCGGGCGGCGGGUCUCGGACCAGCGCCUCCUUGUUUCGUCUUAA